AAUCAGUAGUUUGAAAUCCAUAGAAAACCAUGAAACCAGUUUCUCCUCGUGUAAUUCUUUAAUAACAAACCUAUGUACGACUAUACGGUGGUGAGACGUUCAGGUAAAAAUAGAUACACGUUAUAAAAAUUAUCAAACCGGUAUCCUCGAGUACAUACACUUGUCUAGCACUGUGUUCUUUCGAAGAAUGCUGCAUCGAGUAACUAGUCGUUCAUUUCAUUUUCAACUAAGUAAUCAGUUUUAGUUUGUUUUUAUGAAAAAGUUCGCAAGUUGAGUGUUCCGAAGUGCGAGUUCGAUAUACGAUAUUUUUAUUAUUUGCACGUGAAUCGAAUUCGAGUUUUAUUGUAGGUAAGUGAUUUUUUUGAUCGGUUUUCUUUAAAACGUAAUACAAAGUGUUAAAAAUAAAUUUUCGCUGUGCUUGUUACUCAAUUUUGUGAAUAUCUACGAGUUUUAUCACCAACAUAAUUCGUUUAUCAACUCAAUAAAGUAAUUUGUGAAAUUGCCAUCAGACCAUGAUGCGGAUUACAUCGAAAAUCUAAUUUGAAGAAUAUCCAAUUAAUUUUUAAAAAUAAGCUGCAGUAAUCGAUGGGAUCAAUAAAAAAUUACAUUCAAAUUAAAAAGAAACUCAAUCUGUUUACAAGUGAAGACGAAUACAGUCAUAUUUACAGACGAAAAUCACUAUGGGAAAUGAUGAGAUUAUCGUUUGCCAUUAUGGGCAUAGAAUUCACGUACGCAGCAUUGACGGCGUUUGUUUCGCCUGUGCUUUUGGAACUCGGUGUAAAUUACCAACAAAUGACGAUGGUUUGGGCCAUCUCACCCAUUAUAGGAUUUUUCCUGUCGCCUAUUAUGGGUUCAUUAAGUGACCGGUGUCGUUUGAAGUUCGGCAGAAGGAGACCUUUUAUGAUUGCGUUUGCUAUUAUUAAUGUUAUGGGUCUUUUAUUGAUUCCGUAUGGAGAAUCGUUCGCGGAAGUUGUAAAGCAUAUAAUGCCAGCCACGAAUAGCUCAACUCCGGCUGAAAUUGCGAGAAUAGAUAGACUGGAAGCCUGGCAAAUUACUCAGCGACACAUCGCCAUUGUGAUAACAGUAAUCGGCGUCGUGAUCGCUGAUUACACUUCAGACGCGUUACAAAAUCCUAGCCGAGCUUAUCUAUUAGAUGUUUGCCGAGCGGAUGAUCACGCCAGAGGAUUAACGACGUUUACAGUUUUAGCUGGACUGGGUGGAUUUGUCGGAUAUUUAAUGGGGGCUAUAGACUGGACGAAAAUAAAUAUUUUUGAUUUUUUCCAAGGGUCGUUAUUCAACGGGCAUAUACAAGCAUUCUAUACCAUGACCGCUGUACUGUUUACAAUUUGCAUAUUGAUCACCAUAACCACCUUUAGAGAAGUUCCGUUGCCAGUCGUAGAACUAAUUGACAUGUGCCCCGACGUCAUGGAAAAUGGCAGAGACAUCAUUCAAAAAGAACUAAAAGAGAUUACACCUAUCAUUCAAAAACCACAAUCGUACGGCGUCAGCGAAGAAAUAGUCAAUCAUGAUCAAAAAUCCGUUCCUACUUUGAAAGAUUAUGUGAAGUCUAUAUUUUGCAUACCGUAUUCGUUAAGAAUACUUUGUAUAACGAAUCUGUUUUGUUGGAUGGCACAAUGCUCUUAUUCGUUAUAUUUCACUGAUUUUGUUGGAGAAGCAGUCUACGGAGGUGAUCCCAGUGCUCCAGUUGGUUCUGAAAAGAGAACUUUAUACGAAGACGGAGUCAGAGUAGCAUGUCUGGGGAUGGCCAUUUAUUCGUUAUCUUGUAUGUUUUAUUCGUUUGGUAUCGAGUCGUUGGUUAAGCGUUUUGGGUUGAAAAAAGUCUACGUGGGUAGUAUCCUGGUCGAUGCUGUUGCUUUAUUGUUGAUGGCUGCAUUCAGAAAUAAGAUAGCCGUUAUCAUAUUAUCGGCACUUUGCGGUGUAUUAUACGCUACAUUGUUCACUGUUCCUUAUAUUUUAAUCGCCCACUAUCACUCCACCGAUGUGUUCGAAAUAGAUUCCUGCGGUGAUCCUAUUCCUCAAAAGCAAAUUCGAGGCUUGGGAACUGACGUAUCUGUGAUAGGAUCGUGCAUAUUUGUGGCGCAAUUUCUACUUUCAAUCUGUAUGGGAGGUAUCGUCGCAUACACGCAGACCACCACGGCAGUCGUCAUUACCGGAGCUGUACUGGCCAUUUGUGCUGCUUUUGCAGCUUCCAAAGUUAUGUAUUUGGAUUUAUAGAUAAAGUGAAUCGUUCUAGUGUGCGAACGAAUAGUUAAUUUAUUAUCGUCGUGAUUUUUGACCACUGUGUUGGAAAUUUAAUAAUUUGCCUUCUUAUUAUAGUUGGAUUAUUUACCAACGAUUACCUUUAUAAAAUGCAUAUUUGUAAUUUUGUACGUGUACAAUACCUACUUAUUUUUUUUUGUUUUUUUUUUAUAUGUGCCAUUCGUGUUUACCUAUAUUGUUCGGAUUUUGUUGUCGUCUUUGUAUUUAAUCGAAUACAGUUUUCAAUUUUUGG